AUGGAUUUUCUUAAAUCAGCGGUUGCGUCUGCGAUAUCCAAAGGCCCUGCAUUUGGUUACACAUUUGGCGAUCGGGUCGACUUGAACGACUCCAUCUGGACACUGCACAACGGCACAAAGCGAGAAGAUGGCUCUAAAUGCAGCAUUUUCUCCUUCGACAUAACCACUAAUAAGUCGCGAUUACCCCUCGCUCGCAAUGCGCUCCGCAAGCUACGAACGCUGCGUCAUCCAGGGGUCGUGAAGGUCCUAGAUACAGUAGAGACGGAGACGUACAUUUAUAUCGCGACCGAGCGACUAAGCCCACUUAGCUGGCAUGUCAAGAGGAAGAGUCUGACAGAAGAAACCACGAAAUGGGGGCUGCACAACAUCGCGAAGACGCUCAAGUUCGUCAAUGCCGACGCAGCGUCUAUACAUGGCUGCAUCCGCCCAGCCUCGAUAUUCUUUAGCGAAAGUGGCGAGUGGAAACUUGGCGGCUUCGAUGCGCUGAGCUCCGUGAAAGAAGAUGAUUCAGUAUUACCAACCUAUGGCGGUCUUAUACCAGACGCGGGACGAUACAUGGCGCCCGAGGUUUCGAAGGGAGGGUGGGAAGUCGUCAAGCAGAAUCCGACACACGCGGUAGAUGCAUAUAACUUUGGUAUUCUUAUCUUCGAGGUCUUCAGUGGCAGCUACAACAGCAGCGACCAGUUAGGGCAAAUGAAGAGCAUUCCUCCAAGCAUGCACCAGUCAUACAAACGCCUCCUCAACCCCAACCCAAAGUCGCGAAUGAGCGUGGGCCAGUUCUUGGAUCAGGGGAAACGUAUAGGAGGUUUCUUCCAAACGCCUUUGAUCCAAGUCACGGACGACAUAGAGAACUUGGGACUGAAAGCCGAGGAUGAGCGAAACGAGUUACUUGGAAAGCUUGACGCGGUCGCAGACGACUUUCCCACGGACUUCUUCAAGAUGAAGGUGCUUCCCGAGCUACUCAAAUCAGUUGAGUUUGGAGGCGGAGGCGCUAAAGUGUUCGGUACUGUUAUGCAGAUAGGGCAGAAGUUGUCAGACGACGAGUACGAGACACAAAUUACGCCGGUUGUGGUACGACUUUUCGGAAACCCAGAUCGAGCAAUACGGGUCUGUUUGUUGGACAACCUGCCGCUCAUGAUUGACCAUCUACCCCAAAAGCUUGUCAACGAUAAGAUCUUCCCGCAAAUGGUAACUGGCUUCUCAGAUAUCGCACCGGUAGUGAGAGAGCAGACUGUAAAAGCUAUUCUCACUGUAGUACCCAAGCUGUCAGAGCGAACAAUCAAUGGCGAGCUUCUUCGUCAUUUAGCAAAGACGGCGAAUGAUGAGCAACCCGGCAUUCGAACGAACACCACAAUCUGUCUAGGAAAGAUCGCGCGGAAUUUAGGAGCUAGCAGCCGAGCCAAAGUUCUUGCUGCCGCUUUCUCUCGCUCGCUUCGCGAUCCGUUUGUGCACGCUCGGAAUGCUGCCCUUCUCGCACUGGCCGCAACAGCCGAUCUCUUUACUGAGGAUGACUGUGCGACCAAGCUCCUCCCCAUCAUGUGUCCUUCACUGGUGGACAAAGAGAAGCUUAUUCGUGAUCAAGCGCAGAAGAGUGUCGACAUCUAUAUUGCACGUAUCCGCAAGUUUGCUGCCACGAUGCCGGAUACCGUACUCCCAUCGCCAGGUCUCGCGUCUGGCGGGGGACCCACUCCACGCAUAGGAACGCCCGCCAACGAUACGUCGUGGGCCGGCUGGGCCAUAUCAAGCUUUACCAACAAGCUAGCAUCUACAAGUGGAGAUAUACAGGCCAGCUCAACUACCAAUGGAGCAGCGGAUCAAAGAUCGUCUUCGGUACCACCAGCUACCACGACAACCAGCAAACCGCCAGUUCCACUAUCAACAAAGCCAGGAAUGCCUCUGCAUAGCGCCAAGAGCACCGCAUCGAUUCCUACUAUAAAAUCACCAGAUCCAGCAGCGGCUUUUGAUGAUGAGGCAGAGGACUUCAAUAACGACUGGGGUGGCUUCGCUGACGAAGGGGAUAAACCACAAGUGGAAGAGGAUCCAUGGGGCACGCCAGCUGUGUCGAAGCCAUCAUCUACUACAUCAUACGACGACAAGGGUGAGCCAGACUUUGCGGGUUGGUUAGCAGCGCAAUCGAGUGCGAAAAAGACAACGAAGAGCGCUCUUCCAAAGGGUCUCACUAAAUCAGCAGCGCCAGUAGCAAAGGCAGCUAGGCCUGUAGUUGGGAGCAGGUCGAGUACAGGAACGACAACGAGGAAAGUUGUCGUGCCGCCCAAGAAAGAGAUCAAGAAAGAAGAACCGAAAGCCAAUGAAGACGAAGAAGAAGGAUGGGGUGACGCCUGGUAG